AUGAACAGCAUACGGCAGAUACAAGAGUUGAACAAGCGCGAGCUUGAAAGUGGAGUCUCCCCAGAAGCAUCCUGGCAUACCGAUUAUCGCGACACUGCCUACAUCUACAUAGGAGGACUGCCCUUCGAACUCUCCGAAGGGGAUGUGAUUGCCAUAUUUUCCCAAUACGGGGAACCUACAUAUAUCAACCUCGUGCGGGAUAAAGAGACCGGCAAGUCUAAAGGGUUCGCAUUCUUAAAAUACGAAGAUCAAAGGAGUACAGAUCUUGCAGUCGAUAAUUUGGGCGGUGCAGUCAUUAUGGGAAGGACACUCAAGGUGGAUCAUACGCGGUACAAGAAGAAGGACGACGAACCGGAUGAGGGUAUCGAUCUCGAAGAACAAUCGAGGCAGAUUGAGGAGGAUGAAGGCGAGGGUAGACGGAAGCGACGGCGAACCAGCGAGAGUGAGAGCGAAGAGGAGAGACCUAUGAUUAAGGAAGAACGCGAAUUAGCCAAGCUCAUGCAGGAGCAUGAUGAAGACGAUCCCAUGAAGGCAUUCCUUGUACAGGAGAAAAAGGAAGAGGUGAGCAUGGCAUUGGCGAAGCUGAAAGACGGGAAACGGACGGAGAGCAAACACAGACAUCAUCGUCACCACCACAAGUCACGACCAAAGGAUGAGGGAGAAAGGGAUCGUGAUAGUCGACGUUCACGUCACCGGAAAGAUGGCCAUAGAAGCAGGAGAUCGCAUUCCAGGGAUUGA